AUGGCCCCUCAAAAGGGCAAGGCCGCCACGCCGGCUGACCCUCCUCUCCCCGCUGCCGCCACGGCAGCACCGGCCCUGGAACCAGUCCAGGGUCGGAAACGCGCCGCAACGGCGGACCCUGGUCCUUCGUCUGCCGCUGCUCGGGCUGCCGCUGCCCCCAGCAGCGAGCCGCCCAUGAAGCGGACGAGAACCUCGGGCCGUCGUCGUCCCACGCCUGCUCCUCUUCCCGACGACCCUGUCGAGGAAGCUGCCGCGUUGUCUGUCAACGUGGUGUUCGCCAAGGAGCUGGCGGACAAACUCGCGGACUUCGAGGCCAAGUUUCAGGCCUCUCUGGCUGCUCACAAGGCGGUCAUGGAAGCUGGACAGGCCGUCCGGAACGCGGUGGAGGGGUGGAAGGGGACGUGGGUAAAAGGCAAAAAUGCCUGA